UCCUAUGCAUUUUAUGUUUGUCAGACACACGUCAGAUUGUUUUACUUAAUUAUAUAAUUUUUUUUUACAUUAUGGAAGAAGCCCACAUACAAAGCGAAAACCUAACAACCGAAGAUGAUCAACAGGAGGCAGCCGCAUCUAAAAUUACAGGACUGUCAAAUAAGGCUUCCGACCUUCAACAAAUUUAUAGACAGGGCGACAAAAUCCACCAAAUAGACGAUGAAAAUGUAACCAUGAUAAAAAGCGGUCCCCCAAACGUAGAUACAUCCCAUGGUAGUAUCGAAGGCGACCUUAAUGCCGACGAAGUUCAAUCUGGAGAGUCUCUGUUUAAAACGUUUAGCUUUGACAACGUCAUUAGCAAAGAAGAGACGGAAAAAUGUUUGGAAUUCUGGAGGAGUGUGGUGGAAAAACAGCUGGAACCAAUCAAAUGCACUCUUAUAGAAACCGCACUCAAAAAUAAGGAGGCGGAGAAAAAAAGAGAGAGCACCAGUAGUAGUAAGAAGCCAAAACGAAGCGUCCAGUCCAAGUUGAAAAACGAGGACGAAAAACCGGUGAUUUCCACAACAAAAAUUGAAAGUUGGAACGCUAUAUUACUGGAGCUCCAAAAGAAGCGACUUCACCGUACGAAACUAAUGCUGGAAAAACGUUGCAGGUUCUGUGGUUACCUUAGCAGUCCUCCUUACCAGACCUCCUCCCCUCAAGCAGAAAUUAAAGAAAGCAUCAAAGAGUUAGAUUCCUGGCAACCGACCUCUAGGAAAAAAAGUAUAGGUAGCUUAAAUAGUUCUAAACGUGCAACAAGUGAGCGUAGAAUAUCAAAAGAGUUGCAAAAAAAUCGAAAUAGCUCUGGUUCAAGUAACUCGAAACCAGAAACCAUACUAGAAGAAACCAUGUUGGCACAACAGUUGGAAAUGGAGAAACAUUUGCUAGAAGUAAAAGAAGACUCUCAAAAGAUUAAGUACGUAGAUGCAAUAAACAUAAAAAAAUCUCAAAAUAAAUAUGGCAGUUGGCGUGCAAACAAAUUGAUCCCAUGCGAGUGUAAAAAAACUGGAUGCGAUUGCCAUAUCAAUGAUUCUGUAAAGGGCUAUAAGCAACACUUAGCAGGAAGUUCUUCCAUACAUUUUGCAUCAUCGAAGGAAAAAACAUUUAUAAGGAAAUCUAUCGAAAGGCAGGUUGUUGUUACAGAUAUGUCUAAAGAGAAAACGAACGUUUAUACCAGCAGUAAUGAAAUCGCUAAAAAAUCGGAAGAAGUAAUUGACACUAAAGCAAACCUAAUUGCUGAGUCUACAAAUGAUAACUUAAUUUUAGACAAUAACCAAAAAAACAUCGCUUCUAAAGAACCAUAUACAGAAGUUAUAAGUAUAAAAGAACCACUUAAUAAAAGUAGUUCAAAGUUGCUGUUAAAAAAUUCAGAAGAAAAUCACAAAAGCCUGUCCAUUUCUCUUAGUACAGAAGACACAAAAUCAAAAAGACAUCGUAAACUCUCAGUAAUGGUUUCUUGUACAUGUAGCGACGAAGAAUGUGACUGCAGUAACCUACUGACCCUUCCCGAAAAACCGACCAUUUUUAAAUCCGACAGUGAACUGUUUAAGCCCAGGGCACUUUCAAUACAAGAAAACACCACUGAGAGAAAAAGUGUUGUGCCGAGGGUGAAUUCUUUGGAACUCAUCAGAACCAGACUGAGCAGUAUUAGGUCUAUUAAAAUAAAUGUAGACAAUGAAAGCGAAGAUUCUUUGGACAUAACAAGAACAAGAGGCAAAGGGAGUGUGUCAAGUAGUUCCAAAAACAGGACUUCAUUCGUUAGUGAUAAAGUUAAACAUGCCUCGAUAGAUCUCUGAUAUUGUAGCUUAAAAAAUAUGAAAUAAUAAUAAAAAAAUGUUUUUUUUUCUGA